UAGAGCAAAGUCAACGUAGACAAAGCUUUUUGGAAACUCAAAAUGAAUAAUUGAAAAUUAUAUAUCAAAAUUAAUCAACUAGUUGAUAGUUGGAUAGCUGGCGGUGCAGAUGUCCAAUGAGCAAAAGCUUGAUAGUUUUAUGAAGAAGUAUGGCGAGGUCGAGGAGAUAGCACGACAAUAUUUGAUGGCCAACAACUGGGUUUUGGAGCAAGCAAGCCUUAAAUAUGAGGCCGAUAAAGCCAACCGCAUUGUACAGAGUACCUCAGAAAUAACGACGGACAAAUCAAGUGCUAAGAACCAACAUUCUAAUAGCCGGGAUGAGCAACCGGAGACGCACAAUGAUGGUGCAUCUGACAGUUCUCUUCAGAAUGUGCAGAUAACGAAGCGAGUGCAAAUCGAUGACUCAACUCCGGCCCUGACCACCGUCGAUAGCGAUCGCAGUAUGCGUACCUGGGGACAUGGCGUAAGCCUGGGCAGUGCUCAUCCCAUAAAUCCCCCGCCACCACGGAAUACGGGCCAAGACACCGACUCUGAGCUGGACGAGAACGAGCAUAUUGUUGUGGUGCUUCACCUUUGGUCAGAAGGCUUCUCGCUGGAUGAUGGCUCAUUGCGACUCUACGAAGUGCCCGAAAAUGAACGGUUUCUGCGUGCCAUAAUGCGCGGCGAUUUCCCCUAUGAGAUGCGGGAGCUGGGGCAACGCAUUGAGCUCAGUGUCCAGGAUCACACCAACGAAUCCUAUCGUCAGUUAUCUCGCAAGCAGUUCAUGGGCUCAGGGCGUCCUUUAGGCACACCAAACCAACAACUAGAACCCGCACCCUCAACCCAAGUGCUAUCCACAGAGGAGCAGCAGCAUAAUCAAGAGCAAUCUGCCGAGCAUGCUCUGGCUCUUAAUGUGCAGACAAAUGUAACGACCAUCCAGUUCCGUUUGGCCAAUGGAAGUCGAAUUGCCGCCAACUUCAAUCGCACACACCAAGUCGCUGAUCUCUAUAGAUAUGUGCGCAUAGCUAGGCCCCAAUAUUCUAGUGUAAACUUUAUGUUAAUGACCACAUUUCCACGGCAUCGGCUCCUCGAGAGCGAUUUGCGUACCUUAUCCGAGGCUGAUUUGCUUAAUGUGGUCGUCAUCCAACACAUUAACGAAGACUAAAUGACAAAUAUAAAAACUCUUUUACAAAAA